AUGAGGACUCGUCAGGACUCGUCAGGGUGGGUUUGCUCGGGGUGCCAGUGCCGGAUCGUGGAGCGGUUCCUGCUGCGGAUCCGCGAGCGAGCCUGGCACGAGCGAUGCCUCAAAUGCUCCGUCUGCGCCACCGGCCUCUCGGAGCGCUGCUUCGCCAGGGACAGGAGGAUCUUCUGCCCCAAGGACUACCAAAAACUGUUCCAGACCAAGUGCCGGGGUUGCCUGCAGGCCGUGGAGCCGUCGGAGCUGAUCCUGCGGGUUCUGGGCCACGUCUACCACGAGCGCUGCUUCUCCUGCGCCGCCUGCGAGCGCCGCCUGCGCCGCGGCGACCACUUCGUCCUCAAGGAGGGGCAGCUCCUGUGCCGGCCCGACUACGAGAAGGAGAGGGAGAUGUUGGGAGACCUCAGCCCGGCGGCUACCGAGGCUGGGCGGAGCGAGGACGAGGAGGGCUCCCAAUCCCACGGCAAAGGCAUCGACGGCGGCGACGGCGACGGCGACGUCACCAAAGAGCACAAACGUUCCAAGAGGCCCCGGACCAUCCUGACCACCCAACAGCGCCGGGCGUUCAAGGCCUCCUUCGAGGUGUCCUCCAAGCCUUGCAGGAAGGUUCGGGAGUCGCUGGCGGCCGAGACGGGGCUGACGGUGCGGGUGGUGCAGGUUUGGUUCCAGAACCAGCGGGCCAAGAUGAAGAAAAUCGCCCGGAGGCGGCAACAACAACAACAACAACAACAACAACAACAACAACAGCAGCAGGAAGAGCAGGAAAAGCGGGAGCAGGGCGGGAAUUCCGGGCUGGGAAGCGGGAGAGGGAGCGGCCGGAGCGGUGAUGACGACAAUGAAG